UCUCGCGUCCGUCAAGGAAAUGUGUCCGGAUUGAAGCUCCAAAACAUGUGGGAAAGGAUUUCAACUUGUGUUAAUAAUAAAUCAGUAUAGGAAUAAGUAAGGGAUAAAAGUUCAGGUAACAACAUAACCAGGGGGCGAAGAGACAAAUUUUUGUAUCACGUUUGCAUCGUUUCUAACGUUGUGCUACAAGUUGGAGUAGUUUCUGUGCUGCAGGUUGAGGUUGAGGUUAAAAAAGACAUGAGUCUGUUACCCAGGACAGCUGAAGAGUUCAGUUCUGCAGAUUAUUGGGAAAGAUUUUUCCACAAACGAGGAGAGAAAGCUUUUGAGUGGUAUGGAGACUACAACACUCUGUGUGGCGUGCUGCACAAAUAUAUUAAACCACGUGAGAAGGUUUUAGUGGUGGGCUGUGGAAACUCUGAGCUAAGUGAACGGCUUUACGACGUCGGCUACCGCCACUUAACCAACAUUGAUAUUAGUGAGACAGUCAUUGCUCACAUGAACCAGCGAAAUGUGCAGCGCCGUCCAGAUCUCACCUUCCAUCGGGUAGAUGCCACUCAGACAGGUUAUGAGAGCAGCAGCUUUCAGGCUUGUCUGGAUAAGGGAACUCUAGAUGCAAUGGCCUCAGAGGAGGAAGGUGUCAUAGCACGUAAAAUGCUAGCUGAGGUGGGACGGGUUCUGGCUGUGGGCGGCCGCUACGUCUGUGUGACUCUUGCCCAGGAGCAUGUGAUAAAACUAGCAGUGGAACAUUUUGUCGAAGCUGGCUUUGCCAUACGGAUCCACAGCCUGAGUCAGCAGAACCUGGACUCGGAUUCCUCCUCGUUUGCUCUUCCUGUUUUCGUUCUCAUUUGUACCAAGUUCCGCCAGCCAUCUCCAUUCAAAGUGCUUGAGAUGUGCCAGGGGGAGGAUGGCACCCUGUGUAGACUGGGGUCGGUUCCUGAGCUAUUAGCUGCUGUAAAGGAACGGCAGGCGUAUGCAUUGAUGCUCCAGAAGCUGAGAGGUGCCACAGACACUGCUAGCACACCCUCCCUAACACUGUGCCAUGCAGCCACGGGCCUUCCCCGAUACACACUCACGGUGCAGGACAGUCCAACUUCUGCCAAAGUACCCUGUGCCAACCACUUUGCUAUCUUUAUUGUUCCUCAGGGUCGAGAAGCCGAUUGGUUGUACGGUUCUGCAGAGGGUCGCACUCAGCUGUCUGCCAGUGCAAACUUCCGCCGGUUGAUCGUUGUUGCAAUGCAUCGAGACCAGGAAUAUAAAGACAUGCAAGCUGUCCAGUCCGAGCUCUCUCCCAUGGUGAUAGAACUAGCUCCUCCUGGAAUGCCAGCCAACCAUCAGGUGCCGUUCUUGACUGUAGGAGGUGACCUGGGCUGGAGGGAGGUGGUAGGCCGAGGCGUCAGUGGCCUUACGGGUGAGUAUUCAAUCGAAGACGUCCGAGGAGAGGACGGUCACGUCUACCGUAGGUUAAUCUUUAUGAACAACACUCAGCUGGUGCAGUCUGAAAGCCGCCUGCGAGCCAAUGCUACAACUGGUCCUGCUGGUUCUGCUCAGAAAAAGAAGAACAAAAAGAAAACAAAACCCCCUGCUGCCUCUGAAUCUCCAUCUUCAGCCAAGAAAAAUCACACUAUAGAUCGAGGAUUUCUCUGUUGUUCUCAUCAUGAGGUGAUGAUAGCAGGCUUAGCUGUGUUGGGAAAGGAGGCCAUCAGUAAUAAAGAUGGUCAGGUGUCAGUGUUGGUGGUGGGGCUGGGCGGUGGAGGGCUACCGCAGUUCAUACGGGACUUUGUUCCUGGUGCACGGGUGGACGUCGCGGAACUCGACCCAGCCGUACUGGAGGUAGCAAAGACUUGGUUUGGUUUCCAGACUGAUGAUAGGCUGAAGGUCAUACUGGGAGAUGGUCUAGAACAGAUUAGCAUGCUGGAGGGCAAGGGCGGACAUUCCUAUGAUGUCAUCAUUUUCGAUGUUGACAGCAAGGACCGCUCCCUGGGCAUGAGCUGCCCUCCACCGGCUUUUGUAGAAACCCCCCUAUUGGAGAAAGUCCACAAGCUAUUGACUCCUCGUGGAGUGUUUAUGUUAAACUUGGUGUGUCGUGACUCAGCUCUGAGGCAGUCAGUGUUGGAGCGUUUGCAGGCCUUGUUCCCAAGUGUGCUUUCUCGCCCUAUUGAGGGUGAAGUGAACGAGGUGCUGCUCUGCUCCCAGGGUGGAGUGGUACGAGACAAACCAAGCACCAUCCUGCAAGAGCUACAGCAGGCUGCUAAAAACCUGCAGGUGGCGCUGCAGAACCACAGUCAGAAUGCUCCCUUUAACCCUCAAAUUGACAUUACUGCCAUGCUGAAAGGCCUUCGAGUAGCUUGAACAGUAUCAGGAUGUGUCAGAAUGUGGCACACUAUAAAUUAUUUUUUUAAAAUGUAAAUCGGCUUGCUUUAAAACCAAAAGCAGAUGAUUAUUGGUUGAAGAAUCUGUGCUGUUUACAACAACUUCAAGUCUUGUUUUGUGUCUGUAUUAUUCCCCAUUCUUAUAAGUGCAGUGUGUAAUGCUUAAUUUGUCCUAAGACAUAAAAUAACAAUCAUUUAAUCUGUAAUCUUGUAAAACUUGCAAAAUGUUGCAAUCCAGUGUACCUAAGGUCAUUUCAGACCCAUUUGUCUGGCCCAGAAAUAAGCUCUGCACCAAUUAGAACAACAUCUCAGCACCUAGUGGUGCAGGAAUAUUAAGGGGAUGGUUAUGAGUUUGAAACCUGGAAGCCAUCUCUGCUUGGUCAUUGAACCAAACCUUCAUCUGCUCAGCUGUAAUGUAGGUGUAACAUGUUUUUGCACCAUUCUGUGUAAACUUUAGAAACAGUUUUGUGAAAAAUCCUGAAAGAUAAGCAGUUUCUGAAAUACUCAAACCAACCCAUCUGGUACCGCCAACCAUGCCAUGGAUAAAGUCACAGAGAUUACACUAUUUCUUCAUUCAGUUGUUUUACGUGAACGUUAACAGAAACUCUUGACCUGUAUCUGCAUGAUUUUAUGAUUUGUCCUGCUGCCAUGUGAUUGACUGAUGAGAUAACU